AAAUCAUUCAAAGUUAAAUACUUUCUCAAAAAUUCCAAAUCGACCCCAUAAGUUUAUCUUCACGCCUAUGGACGCCCUCCUCCUCCCUCCUUCGCCGGAUCCCCAAAAUUCAAUCCCCGAUCCGGCGAAUUCCGUCGACGAAGUCAGAGACGAGACAAUGAGGAAGAAGAUGAAACCAUCUCCUUUAGAGAAAAGAAAGCUCAAGGCAAAGAAGAAAGAGACAACCAACAACAACGAAGAAGCUUCUUCCUCCUCUUGCUCUUCCUCCUCUGCUUCUAAUCUCAAUUCUACUAAAAGGGUUUCGAGAGUGGCUCAUAGAUUGCGAAACCCUUCGGUUCGGUUAGGUAUAACUCGACGAACCGUUGGGGAGCGACAAGCCGAAGCCUUGGCUCUUCCUCUUGGCAUGUCUUUUGCGGCUUUUGCUAAUCUGGUUCUUCAGAGAAAGAGUGUUGCUGGUCAGAAUGUUUAUGUUGAUGAUCUUGCAGUAAUCUCUGCUUCUGCUGUUAAAGAAUCUCUAGCCAAUGUAUAUGGCGACAAGCUUGGUUCCUUUGCAACAAACUUUGAGAAAUCAUUUAACAGUACUCUAAAGAUCCUUAAACUAACCAACGAAUCUGCAUCUCCACGCCAAUUACCGAAUAACGACGUUGCGAGUUGUGAUUCAGACAACGAACUAUCUACAAAGGAGACUUCGUCUGCUACGUCUGCUUGUGAAGCAAUACAAGGCUCAUCCAUGAAUGAGAUUGUUCUACACGAAGGGACACAACGACAACUCUCUAGCGUAUCAAGAACCUCCUCAGCCAUGCCGUUGACAACAUUCGAAAGAGCUGUAGAUGAGCAAGCAAGAGCCAACGAUCUAAAGAUCAUGGAGAUUGGUCUUACAAUGAGGAAGAUAAGGCUUAAAGAAACUGAUGUAGAACUAAGGUACGAAUCAAACAACUUGGGGAAAUCAAAGCUAGAAAUGAAUGCUACCAAAGCAGCAUUCAGAGCCGAGAAGUUCAAAACAGAGCAAGAAGAUACAAGAAAAGCCGAGAUGGUUAACAAAAUCAUGGACUGGCUAGUAGCAAGCGUUGUCGCCAUGUUGGUUUUUAUGUUAUACGGCGCUUACGUGUUCUCACAUCAGAGAAUCAAGGAAGCGGCCUCAAUCUGUGAGCCACCAUCAGAGGAGAAAACAUCUUCCUGGUGGGUUCCUAAGCAAGUCUCAUCGAUAAACGCAGAGUUCAACAUCUUGCUUUGCCGUCUAAGAAUAUGGAUUCAGAGCUUCUUCGGUGUGUUGAUGAUCCUCGUCGUCACUUACUUCAUAAUCCAACGCUCGUCAGGUACAACAAAGCAGACGAUGCCCGUAACGUUCAUCGUUAUUUUCCUCGGUAUUGUCUGCGGUUUGCCUGGUAAGUUCUGUGUGGAUACGUUGGGAGGCGAUGGUAAACUCUGGCUGCUUCUUUGGGAAACGUUUUGCGUUUUGCAGUUCGUUGCAAACGUCUUCACGUUGAGUUUUUACCGUUUGAUGUAUGGUCCAGUGAGUCAAGGAGAUGGUCGUUCUAGUAACACUAUGGUUCCGUAUUGGGCACGGCGUAGUGUAUUCCUUGGGUUGAUUAUAGUACUUCCUGUGAUGAAUGGUUUGUUACCGUUUGCUACAUGUGGUGAGUGGAGACACCAUUGGGCUACCUGGUGGGCCGGGCUCUCUGAUGAUUGAAGGGGAGCCUUUGUUUGUAAUCUUUGUAUUAUUAUUUAUUGGUACGACAUGGGUUUGGACUUAUCAUCUUUGAGUUUUGGUUUUUUAUGUGUUGGAAGAAACAAUUAGUGGUAUCAAUGUUGCAAAGUUAUAUAUUGAUGUAUUAUUUUGAUUAAUGAUAUACGGAUGUUAUUUACGG